CUAUUUUGGAAAAUCAAGUAUCUGCCUGCCCCGGUGAAACCCGCGCACACAGAUAUUGACGAAAAGUAGUUCGCCCCAUCUGUUUGCUUCAUACAAUACUCUCUGCUCGCUUUCUCACUUUGCUCAACUGCUGGUAUGGAAGAGAUAGAGUUCCACGAAUACGGAGAAAAGAGAACGGUGCUCUUGACUCCUUUCGAGAUGGCGGUUCUGGAGCAAGCUUGCAAUAAGUCGAGGCAGGUCCGCUUCUCUUCCAACACGGGUGCUAUUGACGAAUCGGAUGCGGAUGUGGAUACGGAACUUUGCGAAGCCGUCAACGGACGAGACGGAUCGUUGGUCCAAUGUGUCAUAACCCCUGGGCCGUGGAUUGGUGCUCUGGCGGUGGGGCGGUACAGAUUCCGCUUCAAGCCGAAAAUUGCAUUCGAUGCGAUUGCUUCUAUCAUCGCAUACGUCCGUUCGGAUAUCGUUUUGGAAGGCAUUAGAGAAUCUGAUGUGGAAGUUGACCGCGACAUGAACAACGACCGGUCUGAUAGAGAGUUCAUUGAAAAUCUUGGGAGAACCUAUGCAGCGAGCUUAGGUUCACUUCUAGAUCAAGGGUUACAGUGUCGCCACAAGUGCGUGAAACUCUUCACUCAAAUCCCCGUUGGCCGUAUCAACCUUCCACGGCAGUCGCUCCUUGCCGCGCGGUUUACCGGACCGGUGCGGGGAUACCAUUGCAUAAAAACCUCGAGACACUAUGCAACGCGAGCAAACACGCUGCUUCUUGCGGGACUGCAUGUCCUACUGGGUGUGUCGCCAGAUAUGGCCAGCAUCGUGCCAGAGCUUCGGUCGUUGGCGAGUCAAAUGAGUCACAUGCAGAUUCCUCAUGUGUUUCAGUCGACCAAUGCGGCCACAGAUCUACGACAACUCGCUGCGGAGAUUCCGCACUACCGUCGAUGCCUGGGUCUCGUCGAAACCAUCCUUUGUGGCGACGUCAUCAAUCGCAACGGACCUUACACCGCCCCGUCUUAUCUUCUGAACAUGAACGACCUCUUCGAAAACUUUGUCGCCAAGGUCAUUUCAGACGUUUUCAGGAAGACCGUGCACGCCGUGAGUUGUAAACUUUGCGAUGGGAAGGCUUAUUCGAUGCGAUGCGAUGAACGGGUGGUUGGGGGUGCGGUCAUGGACAGUAGAGUAGUGCAGCCUGACGUAGUCAUAUGGGAGCAAAAACCCGGUGGGUGUUGUAAAGGCGUUGUUGACGUGAAGUAUAAGCAUCUUCGAAGGUCAUAUCGGGCGAAAAAGGCGGAUUGGAAUCAGAUGCUGGCGCAGGUCACAGUCGCGAAGUGCAGCGUCGGGGUGCUGAUAUAUGCUGGGGAGGGGGAAUGUUCGAUAGCAUGCGACAACCAUGCAAAUCGCAAAUAUUGGACUCUAGUCAUAGACGUAACAAAGUCUCUCCCCUUCAUGCUCAGUUGGAUCCAACGGGCAGUCUUGGAGAUAUUCAGAUUGGAGCAUCUGACUAGAUAGGACCCGGAGGAUUCGCUGCUAGCUACGAUCUUUGAACCUUCCAAUAUAGCUAAAACAGCAGGCUGGCGCAUAGCGGCAAUUAUG